UGUUAGUUUCCCAGGCCCAAUAACAAAAACUCAUCUCUCUCUUUUUUGGUUCUCUCUCUCUCGCCGAGCUUCGUCACCACCUCCGGCGAAGCAGGCUGCUGAUUCUCUAAAACACGGCGCCGUGAAGAAAUCAGUGUACUUCAUCUCUCUCCAAUCUUCUAUCAUUCCGAGUUGAGGAAGCCAACAUCGAAUCCUUCAAAGCAAACACUUUCUCAACCCAGCUCCAUUGAGCUUUCUCAGACUAUAUGAAAAGCUUGAGUCUUCAGAUGAUUUAGCCCAAAUUAUGGCAAUUGCUUUUGCUCGUGGAUUUCGAAAAGCUUCAUCUUUUCUUAGAUCUUCAUAUCCAGUUCUCAUUUCUUCCAGGUUGCUUCCUCAAUGCCACGAGUUUUAUGAUUCAACAUCGAUGUUAUCAAUCUCAAGACCGAUAUUUAGGAAUUUCAGUCAUGGUACGGUGAAUCUUGUGAUAUCAGAAGGGAAACCGAAGUUUGAAACUCGGGAACUUGAUCCUCCCAAGAAGUAUAAGUGGUUGACGAAAAAGCGGUUGAAGUUGAAAAGAAAGAAAGAAAGAGAGGAAAGGAAUGCAGCUAAUAGGAAAGACCCGCGGCGACUUACUGUUAAAGGAAAGAAGAAAAAGUUUGUUAAUGCAGAGGAAAGAAUCAAGUACAAGCUUGAAAAGGCGAAGAUCAAAGAAGCGUUGCUGAUUGAGAAACUAAAACGGUAUGAAGUUGCGAAAGUGCAGGGACCUGAGGUUCGACCUCAUGAGAUUACCGGGGAAGAACGUUUCUAUCUGAAGAAAAUGGGUCAGAAAAGAUCUAAUUACGUACCGAUUGGGAGAAGAGGAGUGUUUGGCGGUGUUAUUCUAAACAUGCAUCUGCAUUGGAAAAAGCAUGAAACUGUUAAGGUUAUUUGCAAUAAUAGUAAACCAGGCCAAGUGCAACAAUACGCGGAGGAGCUUGCUAAACUGAGUGGUGGUGUGCCUGUUAACAUAAUCGGCGAUGAUACAAUCAUAUUUUAUAGAGGGAAGGGUUAUGUGCAGCCACAAGUUAUGUCUCCAAUCGAUACAUUAUCGAAGAAAAGGGCAUAUGAAAAAUCGAAGUACGAACAAUCUCUUGAAUCUGUGAGACAUUCUAUAGCAAUUGCAGAGAAGGAACUUGAACUAUAUUACAGGCAUGUUGCUCUUUACGAUGACCCGAAUAACAGAAACCCUCUUUCGAUAUUGGAUGAUUCUCCAUCGGAAUCACGUCAACACCAUGACAAUGAGCUUUAUCUGAGUUGUUUGGAUACCGACGCUAAUUCCGAAGAUGAAGGUGAAGAGCUCUGAAUUAGAUAAUGGUUCUUCUUCUUCUGCAAAGGAAGAGUUGUCUAAAAGUGAAAACUGAUAGCGAAUUGGAUGUUUAGAAACUUUGGUUUGUAGGUUUGGUAAUAAUUAAACGCAGAAAUUAAAUGAUUUCUUGUGUAGUAGGUGCAAAAUUAAAUCCAAUCUAUAUAUGUACAAACUUCUCAAAAACUUUAAAAAGAAUAGAGUUUUUUUUAAGUU